AUGGAUAGGAACUACGAUGAUGAUAAUUAUGGUGACGGCGUAGCCCCGAGGAGGAGGUCACCAACCGACGGCGGAAGAAGGAGAGACGAUGAUGAUCGAGAGCCGCCGCCGCAGUAUCGAGGGAUACGGAAGAGGCCGUGGGGCAAGUUUGCGGCGGAGAUAAGGGACCCGACGAGGAACGGGGCGAGGAGAUGGCUGGGGACUUUUGGGUCCGCGGAGGAGGCGGCUCGUGCUUACGACCGAGCCGCCUUCGCCUUUAGGGGUCACUUGGCCAUACUCAACUUUCCCAAUGAGUACCAAGCCACGCACCACGGUCAUUACUAUGGUUCGGAUCCUGCUAAUAGCGGUUACUCCCUGCAGCAGCCAUUGGUGGCUUCCUCGUCGAAUAGCUUCCACUAUGGGUCCGCUCCGGCUGAGGCUUCCGCGGCCUCCGCGGGGCAGCAUGACGGUGAAGUGAUAGAGUUGGAGUAUCUGGAUGAUAACGUAUUGGAGGAGCUUCUGGGCAAUUACUCCGAGGAUGGCCACCAUUUCUACCAGUGA